UUGACACAUAGUUACAGAGUGUAUUGUGUUUACGUUACUAAGUAUUAUUCUAGCUCCAGAUCUAAGAGAAACUUAAUUUAAAAAACAGAAAAUGGCAGAAAAUGUAAAUAUUGAUUUAUCAGGGGAAAUAAAUGCUACUACAGAAAAGAAAGGAUUACAAAAGUAUGUGAAUGAAAUGGAAGUAUUGCUUCAACAUGUCCGCAAUGGUGCAGGCCCUGCCUUGGUAAUGGGAGUAUUAUCUUCACGCAGAGCUUGGACACAAUUUGUCGCUACUGAGAACUUUAAAGUACCAGCCUCUUUGCCAAGAUUAUCACGAAGAUUCUAUCGAAAUGUUGAAUAUUUUCAGGCCAAUUACCUUAUUGUGUUUUUGGGAUUAUUUGCUUAUUGCUUGAUAACUUCGCCAUUACUUUUGAUUGCCAUGGUAGCAAGCUUCUUUGGAUAUCGGAAACUCACCUCAGGACCUAACACUUGGAAGAUUGGUGGGUGGGAAUUGAGUAAGACUCAACAGUAUGCAGUGGCAGCGGCCGGUUCUAUGGCUCUUUGUUGGUUAGCCGGUGCCGGGGCGGUCUUGUUUUGGGUUUUAGGGGCUACAGUGACCGUGGUUGCUCUACACGCAAGUUUCUUUGAUGCUGAAACAUUACCGAGUACCGAUCUUGAACAGUUUCCAAUGGUGGAGCAAGUGUGACACGGACACUUGCCGUUCUUCCUGCCGCCGCCCGUCAGUUUCCCCCACCAAACAAUUGCAAAAUGGCAUCAACCUAACCGAACUAUUAUCGAAAGCGAUAUUAUUAAUUAAUUAGUAAUUACUAAUACGUAUAACACAGGCAAAUGUAUUAUAAUGAAUUUUUAGAAAAAAUAAAUAUAUUAUAGACUUAAAGGAAUAAUUAAUUGCAGAUUAUAUUAAUAUUUGAAAUGAAUUUUACAUAAUUAUUGUUCGCAUUAAAAAUUUUACACCGGCAUAAUUAUUUGCGAGCUUUAAAACGAAAUGGCACAGAUUUUUUAAUAGCAGUGUUGCACGUUAAUCAAAUAAAUAAAAAUUAACUUAUAUUUAUUGAUAUUAAUAAUGCUGAAAUUAUUUUAGUUGUAAGUAAAAACAGGCCAAAUUAUUCGUCUCCAAAUUAUUGUUGAUUGAUACAAGUCACUUGAAUAUUACAAAAAAUAUGAAACUGAAAGGACACUGCCAUUAUUUAAAUAAUCUCAUUGAAUUUCACCUUUAUUUUUGCCAAAGCACAAAAAUAUAAUUAUAUUGUGUCCAUUACAAAUGUAAAUAUAGCUAAAUAAUUAAUUUUAUAAUUAUUUAUUAUUAAUAUAAUUUUGAAAC